AGGCGCCAUGCAAUCAGAUGCUCUCUCGCAUUAUCCACUCAGAGUGGUGUAAAGCUGCAUCGACGACGAUGCAGCACGUCCAUGCUCUCUCGUCUUCUCACGGAACCCUAGCUCUCUCCUCUGGACUUCGCUCUUCCUUUCCUUCAUCCGCUACAAUACGAUGUCGUUUCCCCAGGAAGCUCUCUUCUGAUGUUCCCCAAAAUCUCUCUCACAAACCAAAUCUCAAACGCCUCACUUCACGGAUCGUUCAGCUCACUCGCAGGAGACAGCUCGAUCAGGUUGUGGAGAAAAUGCUCAACUAUGUUUGGUUCCGGAGAAUUUGAGGGAAAAUGAGGGGAAAAAAAAAUUGGAGAGGAAAAGGAGAAGGAAAGAAAAGAUUUUUGAGGAAAUUGAGAUUGCCAAGAGAAGGCAUGGGAAGCUGAACACCAUUGUGAUGAAUGCAGUUAUGGAGGCUUGUGUCCACUGUGGUGAUGUUGAUUUAGCUCUGAAGGUCUUUGGUGAGAUGACAAAACCAGAGAGCUGUGGGGUUGACAAUGUCACAUAUGGUACACUAUUGAAGGGAUUGGGUGAGGCACGAAGAAUUGAUGAUGCAUUUCAAUUACUUGAAUCUGUGGAACAAGGUACUGCUGUGGGAAGUCCGGAGUUAUCAGCACCUCUUGUAUGUAGUCUGCUCAAUGCUCUUACUGAAGCAGGAGAUCUACGCCGUGCUAAUGGUCUUUUGGCACGUUAUGGUUCUGUGCUUCAUGAAGAUGGCAGUCCUUCAAUCUUGAUGUACAACUUACUAAUGAAGGGGUAUAUAACUGCAGGUUUUCCAAUGGCUGCAUUAUCAGUGCAUGAUGAAAUACUACAACAAGGAUUAAAGCCUGAUAGGCUCACCUAUAAUACUCUAAUCUUUGCAUGUGUGAAGACUGAAAAGUUGGACACCGCAAUGCGUUAUUUUGAGGAAAUGAAGGAAAAUGCACAGAAAACCAUUGAUGUUGAUCUUUUCCCGGAUGCUAUCACUUACACUACAUUACUUAAGGGUUUUGGGCAUGCCAAGGAUCUCCUCUCAGUUCAAAAGAUUGUGAUGGAAAUGAAAUCAUCCAAUAAUUUAUUUGUUGAUCGAACUGCAUAUACUGCAAUAGUUGAUGCCUUGCUAAAUUGUGGCUCAAGUAAAGGUGCCCUUUGCAUGUUUGGAGAAAUUAUAAAGCGAGCUGGACAAAAUUUCAACCUAAGGCCAAAACCUCACCUUUAUAUUUCUAUGAUGAGUGCUUUAGCUGCUAGAGGAGAUUACAAUUUGGUCAAAAGUCUACAUAAGCGCAUGAGGCCAGAUUCUGCUGGAACUAUCUCUCCUGCAGUUCAAAUAGAGGCUGAUCAGCUUCUCAUGGAGGCAGCUCUGAAUGAUGGUCAGGUUGAUGCAGCUACACACCAUCUUUCAAAUAUUAUUACAAGAUGGAAAGGAAUAUGCUGGAGAAGUCGAGGAGGCAUGGUUGCAGUGCGUUUAGAGGCAUUGUUGGGCUUCACCAGAUCAAUGUUCAGUCCUUACCUACUUCCCCAGGUAUCACCAGCUGACCCAAUUGAGAAUAUCAUGAUGCCAUUUGAAGAAGCUCGGCCACUACUAGCUACCUUGGACUUGAAAAGAGUAGUGAUGCGUUUCUAUAAGGAUUCAGUUGUGCCUGUUAUAGACGACUGGGGCAGCUGUGUGGGGCUAUUGCACCGUGAAGAUUGUAGAGAGUUGGAUGCCCCAGUUUCGACAAUGAUGAGAAGCCCACCUCCUUGUGUUACAACCACGACAUCAAUUGGCCGAGUGGCUGAUCUAAUUUUGGAGAAGAGGUACAAAAUGGUUGUUGUCGUAAAAUAUAGCAAUUUAUAUGGUUCUUCUUACAGCUCAAGUUUGAGGGCAGUUGGAGUUUUUACCUCUGAGCAAUUGUUUAAGCUGGCUAUAGCAUCAGAGAUGCCAGGCCAAGAAUUUCCUGUGGAGAAAAGAACAAUGCAACAAUGUCAAGGUAUAGUUUGAUAUGUUUUAAGGAUAAAGUUUGAGAGUACUUUGGUCGUUCAUUGAAGCCAGGAUCUGAAGCUUACUUGUUUUACAGACCUUAAUCUUGGUCUGAAAAUUCUGUGCAGCCUCUGUUUAGGUUUUAAAAAAUACAUACGUUAAUACAUAGGAAGCCCUAGCUUUAUUUAUUUAUGCAUAGAACGUCACCCACCUAACCAUCAUUACAUUAGAAGUAGAGACAUGCGUAAGCAUACAUUACUAGAAGCUUUGGUAAUAGCUCGAAGUAGUCACUCUAAAUGAUGCUUGGAACUUCCGGCAUCUUUCUCAGCUUGCCCUCCAAAUGGCCUUUUGGGUGGUGGGCCGGUGGUGGUGGGCAUUCAGUGUCAUCUCCAGGUGAUGGAGGUGGUGUAGGAGUUACAGUUGGAAGUGGGGUUUUGGGUGGUGGUGGUGGUGGGCAGUCUGUGUAAUCUCUAGGUGAUAUAGGUGGAGGGGAUGGGACUGGCAUUCCAACUGGUGGCGGCAGGCGUAGCAAAGGAACCGGGCAUCCCAAAUUGUUGCAUGGUGGACAUACCGCUCUCAGACAUGGCUAGCAUAUUGUACAUGAGGGUAAUACUGGUUCUGGUGGCAAUGCUAUUGCAGCAUCAGCCUUAACAGCUGAACACAACCAAAAUGAAGAGCCACCCAACAACAUGGUAAGGUGACAUUUUGAUUUUUUGGAUGCUGUAGCUGUGCGUAUAGAGCUGCAUGUGAAAUCUCAAUUUAUAGAGGGAAAAAAGGGAUUCAGUUAAUUGUUGUUUUCAAUUGCGGUAAAGUGUAGAGGCAGCAAGACCAUCGUAUAUAAUUCAGAAGUGGAAUUUAAUCA